UAACAAAACAAAAACCUUCUUGUGUUUGUUGUUCACACUGCCGCCUCUACUCUACAGUUUCCAUUCUCUGGUGUAAGCACUAAGCAAAAUUUUCUCGAUCUUUCUCGCGCAUUAUAUAUUUUCUAUAGAUACACAUUUGUUACUCUUCUUUUGAAUUCUUCGAUUUGGUUUUCUCUUUCACUGCGGCAAAAUCCUGGACUGAGGAAUUUAGGUAAAUCGGUUCGACGACGUUUCAAAAUUGCUUUCAAUCGUUCACUUCUCUGCUUCGGUUUACUACUUUUGCAUUAUUUAUCGAUUACCAAAAAAAUUGUGAAGAAUCUGUGUGUCAGUUGAUUAUUUUUCUCUAGAAACAAACGUGAUUUUCUCUUCUUUUCUUAGUUAUUGUGACAAUGCUGGAUUUGUUAUGGCUAUAGAAUAGGGAAAUCGUUGUUUUUUUAAAAAAAACUGGGAAGGCAUUCUGAUGUUUAUGAUACAGAGCGAGAGAAGAGAGAAAGUGAGAAACUGAGAAUGUGGAGGCUUAAAAUCGCGGAAGGAAACAGUCCAUGGUUGAGAAGCGUUAAUGGUCACGUAGGGCGGCAGGUGUGGGAGUUCGACCCGAAGCUCGGGUCGCCUGAAGAGCUCAUGGAGAUCGAGAAGGCUCGUGAGAACUUCGGGAAGAACCGAUUCGAUAAGAAGCACAGCUCGGAUCUGCUCAUGCGGAUUCAAUUUGGAAAGGAGAUUCCUGGUUCUGGUGGCACUAUUUUACCUCAAGUGAAAGUAGAAGAUAAAGAUGCUGUCACAGAGGAUAUAGUUGCAAACACAUUGAGAAGGGCUAUGAGCUACCAUUCAACUCUCCAGGCCCAUGAUGGACAUUGGCCAGGAGAUUAUGGAGGUCCGAUGUUUCUUAUGCCUGGCUUGGUAAUUACCCUGUCUAUCACUGGGGCCUUAAAUGCAAUCUUGUCAGAAGAACAUAAACGAGAGAUGUGUCGUUAUCUGUACAAUCAUCAGAACAAAGAUGGCGGGUGGGGUUUGCACAUUGAGGGACCAAGCACGAUGUUUGGCUCAGUCUUGAGUUAUAUUACUUUACGGUUACUUGGCGAAGGAGCUAAUGGUGGAGAAGGGGCAAUGGAGAGUGGGCGGAACUGGAUACUAAACCACGGUGGUGCUACUGCAAUAACAUCAUGGGGAAAAAUGUGGCUUUCAGUACUUGGAGUAUAUGAGUGGUCUGGCAAUAAUCCUCUGCCUCCUGAGAUAUGGCUUCUUCCUUACAUGCUUCCAGUGCAUCCAGGACGGAUGUGGUGUCACUGCAGAAUGGUUUAUCUGCCGAUGUCUUAUUUGUAUGGAAAGAGGUUUGUUGGUCCUAUCACAUCAACAGUUCUAUCCUUGAGGAAGGAGCUUUAUACUGUCCCUUAUCAUGAGAUAGAUUGGAAUCAUGCGCGCAACCUCUGUGCUAAGGAAGAUUUGUACUACCCACACCCCCUGGUUCAGGAUAUGUUGUGGGUUUCUCUUCACAAGCUUGUGGAGCCUAUUCUGCUGCGUUGGCCUGGAAAGAAAUUAAGGGAGAAGGCUCUUCGUUCUGCAAUGGAGCACAUCCAUUAUGAAGAUGAGAAUACUCGUUACAUUUGCAUUGGACCAGUUAACAAGGUGUUGAAUAUGCUUUGCUGUUGGGUGGAAGAUCCAAACUCUGAAGCUUUCAAGUUGCAUCUUCCAAGAGUCUAUGAUUAUUUGUGGAUUGCUGAAGACGGUAUGAAAAUGCAGGGUUACAAUGGAAGUCAACUAUGGGACACUGUUUUUGCUGUGCAAGCUAUGAUUGCAACCAAUCUUUCUGAUGAAUAUGCUCCAACCCUAAGAAAAGCGCAUAUGUACAUAAAGAAUUCACAAGUUCUAGAAGAUUGUCCAGGUGAUCUUAGUUAUUGGUAUCGCCAUAUUUCAAAGGGUGCUUGGCCUUUCUCCACUGCAGAUCAUGGAUGGCCUAUCUCGGACUGCACAGCAGAGGGACUGAAGGCAGUUUUAUUACUAUCAAAAUUGCCAUCAGAGAUUGUUGGCGAACCCUUAGAUGCAAAGCGAUUAUAUGAUGCAGUAAACGUCAUUCUCUCAUUGCAGAAUAUGGAUGGUGGAUUUGCAACAUAUGAGCUGACAAGAUCUUACAGUUGGUUAGAGUUGAUCAACCCUGCUGAAACUUUUGGUGACAUAGUCAUCGAUUAUCCUUAUGUGGAAUGUACAUCUGCUGCGAUUCAAGCUUUGACAUCAUUUAGAAAUUCAUACCCGGAGCAUCGACAAGGAGAAAUUGAACACUGUAUAAAACAGGCAACAAUGUUCAUUGAAAAGAUACAAACUGCUGAUGGCUCAUGGUAUGGCUCAUGGGGUGUCUGCUUCACCUAUGGUUUAUGGUUUGGGAUUAAAGGGUUGGUGGCUGCUGGAAAGAACUUCAGUAAUUGCCCUAGCAUCCGUAAAGCUUGUAAUUUUCUGUUGUCCAAACAGCGUGCUUCUGGGGGGUGGGGAGAGAGUUAUCUUUCAUGCCAAAACAAGGUUUAUUCGAAUCUUGAAGGCAAAAGAUCUCAUGUGGUAAAUACUGGAUGGGCUAUGCUUGCUCUUAUUGAUGCUGGGCAGGCGGAGAGAGACCCAACUCCAUUGCACCAUGCAGCUAGAUUUUUGAUCAAUUCCCAACUGGAGAAUGGAGAUUUCCCUCAGGAGGAAAUCAUGGGAGUGUUCAAUAAGAAUUGCAUGAUCACUUAUGCAGCUUAUAGAAACAUUUUCCCUAUCUGGGCGUUGGGAGAAUACGGAUGCCGGGUGUUGAAGGCCUUGUAAAAACAUGUUUCUUCAACCAACUCCAUGGCUUCAAACAGCGAGUUUGAGCCCUCAAGCCUCAAGGGAUGUCAAAAUGUUGCAUAAAGCUUGGUAGGGUAUCUCUGUUGGUAUCAAUUCUGGAUUACUAGAAACAGGCAUAUAUGCAGCAAGGAUUUACCCAAAAUAUCAUUUACUGAUCCCCAAGUUUUGAAAAUAAUAUAUUUGGAUUUUAGUUAAUCUUGAACUUAAUUAGAAAACUGCUGUACAAGAGCUUCCUGGAUCAUUUUCUGAUCCCUCGUUUAUUGUUUUUUAUUUCUGUUAUUUUAUUUCAAGUAAUAAAGAAAUUGUUUAAGAAUUA